UCGCUUCUCUUUACUUUCUCUGCUCUCUCUCUUUCUCUCUCCAAAGUUUACGUUUCUCCUCGUCUUUCUCUAAUGGCGGAAACACCAUUGAAACGCCAAAGGGAAGAAACCCAUGUGGAAGAAGAGGAUUCCAAGCGUCACAAGUCUUAUAACCACAUACUCUCUAUUCUUGACGCAGAUGAAGAAGAGCCCACCCAAGAUCUUUCCUCCCUCAUCACGACCCUCCAGCAGGAACUGUCUUCCGAUUCUAGCUUCGACCCAGUUCAGUGCCCAGCCUCGGAGGGUGACGCAGAAAAUUCCAUCACCGCUUCUGCUACCUUAGAGUGCACUUCUUCUUCUUCGUCCUCUUCUACGCUUGUGCUUUUGAAGGAAGGCGAAGAGGAGGAUAAAGAGGGGUUCAUUAGGCACCUGCUGGAAGCCUCGGACGACGAACUUGGGAUUCCAAACAGAGAAGUGAGAGUAGAUGAUGCAGAAUACGGUUUCCAUGAUGGAGAUUUGUUCUGUUUGGGUAAUGUGUUAUGGGAGCUCGAAGACGAGGCUGCCAACUUCUAUACGUUGUUGCAGUCAGAGCUUUUCAUGUAGGGGUUAAAAUGAAAAACUAGAAAACAUUAGGGGGUUGAGAAAGGAAAAAGACAAGAGUGAGAGGGGGGAGGGAAAAGGGCAAAAUGGAGGCGUUUUUGGGUUUUCAUUUUGGACCCCUCUUCUUUUGUAAAAUAUCAAUCUUGUCCCCUUUUCUUUUUAGAAUAUUAAAAGAACAAAAUGUAGAAGAAAAAGGAUUCAUAUUCUCAUA